GCGCGCACGGCUGCCACUCGAGUUCUGCCCCCGCCCCACCCGCCAGCAGACCUGGGGUGGGGACCCAGGCGGGGGCUCCCGCAGCCACUGCCCGGCGCAGACCGCGCGGAGCGACCCACUCCUUCCGGUGCCAAGAAAGGAGCCACGGAACCCUCUGCAGCCGGCCGGCCUCCCCGCCCCUGACCGCUCGCUUCCCGGCUGCCUUUGUGGCUGAAGCUUCUGAACCGAGGGCCGGCGGGGGCGCGGCGCGCACGGCAGAACGAUGCCCAGCUCGCUGUUUGCAGACCUGGAGCGCAACGGCAGCGGAGGGGGAGGCGGCGGCGGCGGGGUUGGAGGCGGCGGCGGCGGCGGCGGGGGAGAAACCCUGGACGACCAAAGAGCCCUGCAGCUCGCUUUGGACCAGCUCUCCCUCCUGGGGCUGGACAGUGAUGAGGGCACCUCUCUGUACGACAGCGAACCGCGCAAGAAGAGCGUGAACAUGACCGAGUGCGUGCCGGUGCCCAGUUCGGAGCAUGUUGCCGAGAUCGUGGGGCGGCAAGGUUGUAAAAUUAAAGCGCUGCGGGCGAAGACCAACACUUACAUCAAGACCCCGGUUCGCGGGGAGGAGCCUGUCUUUGUUGUGACGGGCAGGAAGGAGGAUGUGGCCAUGGCUCGGAGGGAGAUUAUCUCUGCCGCGGAGCACUUCUCCAUGAUCCGCGCCUCGCGGAAUAAGAACACGGCGCUCAACGGCGCGGUGCCGGGCCCGCCCAACCUGCCCGGGCAGACCACCAUCCAGGUACGGGUGCCCUACCGCGUGGUGGGACUCGUGGUGGGGCCCAAAGGCGCCACGAUCAAGCGCAUCCAGCAGCAGACGCACACGUACAUCGUCACGCCCAGCCGCGACAAGGAGCCAGUGUUCGAGGUGACGGGCAUGCCCGAGAACGUGGACCGCGCCCGGGAGGAGAUCGAGGCGCACAUCGCCCUGCGCACGGGCGGCAUCAUCGAGCUCACCGACGAGAACGACUUCCACGCCAACGGCACGGAUGUGGGCUUCGACCUGCUGCAUGGGUCUGGCGGGUCCGGCCCAGGCAGCCUGUGGAGCAAGCCCACCCCCAGCAUCACGCCCACCCCAGGCCGCAAGCCCUUCUCCAGCUACCGCAACGACAGCUCCAGCUCUCUCGGCAGCGCCUCCACCGACUCUUACUUCGGCGGGGGGACCGGCGGCAGCGCGGCCGCCACCCCGCGCUUGGCCGACUACAGCCCCCCGAGCCCCGCGCUCAGCUUUGCCCACAACGGCAACAACAACAACGGCAAUGGAUACGCCUACACUGCGGGGGAGGCUUCCGUGCCUUCCCCCGACGGCUGUCCGGAGCUCCAGCCCACCUUCGACCCGGCUCCCGCCCCGCCGCCUGGGGCGCCCCUGCUCUGGGCCCAGUUCGAGCGGUCCCCGGGAGGCGGCCCCGCAGCGCCCGUGUCUUCUUCCUGCUCUUCCUCCGCAUCUUCAUCAGCUUCAUCCUCUUCCGUGGUCUUUCCCGGGGGCGGCGCCAGCGCGCCCUCCAACGCCAACCUGGGGCUGUUGGUGCACCGCCGGCUGCACCCGGGCACCAGCUGCCCACGCUUGUCCCCACCCUUGCACAUGGCCCCAGGCACGGGCGAGCACCACCUGGCUCGCAGGGUGCGCAGCGACCCCGGCGGAGGGGGCCUGGCCUACGCCGCCUAUGCCAACGGAAUAGGGGCGCAGCUGCCCGGCCUGCAGCCGUCCGACACUUCCGGCUCCUCCUCGUCGUCCAGCUCUUCUUCCAGCUCCUCGUCCUCCUCCUCUGGGUUGCGGCGCAAGGGCAGCCGCGACUGCUCCGUGUGCUUCGAGAGCGAGGUGAUCGCCGCACUGGUGCCCUGUGGUCACAACCUGUUCUGCAUGGAGUGCGCCAACCGCAUCUGUGAGAAGAGCGAGCCCGAGUGCCCGGUCUGCCACACCGCAGUCACGCAGGCCAUCCGCAUCUUUUCCUGAGGGCAGCGCGCCUGCGCGCGCCCCGCGCCGAGAAGGGGGACCCUUCCUCGCUCCCUCACUCCCCGGCGCCGGCCGGCCUCCUUGGUGCCCGACCUUACCCUCGCCCUGCUGGCACUCUUGAGAUCCCAGAGGAGCUUGGGAAGCUGUAGUAUCCGCUCAGUUUUAAAAUUCAAUGUUGAAACAAAGGAACUUGCCAGGAUAACUGCGUCAAGAGCACUGUAGCCUGGGAGACCUCCGAACCACCUGAAAUGCAUGCUUUAUAAAUAAUAGGAACGGCGACCCUCUAGUAACGAUAGUUUUUACACUGUACUUAAUAGGAAGCUUCCAGAAGAAGAAAACCCCACAAGUUUUCCAUUUCCCGAACGUAGGAGAGAGAUGGACAGCAGUGAUGAUGAAGAUGAUAACACAGUGCUAUGGGGUGUGUGGGCUGGUUUAGUGUGUUCCCCUCUGUGGCUGGGUUCCUAGGAUGCUUCUAGAACACAGUGGGUCCUUUCUGAAUGUCCGUGGAAGGGCCCGGAGUUCCUGAGAAACCAGGAUACUGCAGCUUUAUUAAAGUUAAAGAAACUGUAACAUAUCUCUUAUAUAUUAAAAACGUUUAAAAGUUUUAAAGAGAAAUUUCAUUAAUACAGAUUGAAGUAUUUUAUUCUUUUUUGACUUGAAAAAUUAUAUUUCAUAUUGCAAAGAUGUUUACAAGUAUUUUAAUUUAAGUUCAGUGAACUUUUUUGUAGCUGGGUUAAAUCUUUUUUAUUUUAGUAUGGCCUUACGGCAAAGAACACUGUAUUAUUUUAAUAAUCACACAAUUGUGGCAGAAUUACAAACCAUAAAAAUGUGUAAUGUUUUAAACAGUAUUCUGUUGGGAUGGAGAUUUUAUAGGUUCAGACAAAUCUUCCGAGAUCUGCUUCACCCAGCAUAUUUUCUAUUCAGCGAUAUAAAGCAUAUUUUAUUCUAUAUUAUUACAAGAAAAAAGAAAAAACCAGAAAUGUAUACACACGUCAAAAGGGACUGUCGAUGCUUUCGAACAUUUGUAUAAAUAGAAUUCAGUGCAAGUUACAACAGUUCUGUUGCACCACUCUAGUUUUAGUAUUUCUAUUUUAAUACGUUUGUUUACCACUCGUUUAUGUAUAUGUAGGUGGCGUUACUUGAGCUUAAAUGUACUUUACUGAGCAAAGUUUAAAAAAACAAAGUAUAUUUUAUUUUAUGAUAAAGGGCCUUUAACCUCAUGGUCAAAUACUAAUAUUAUAUUUGCUGAGACAAGAUUUGAAAUUGUAUCAAGAGUUUU